CCGCUAUAAAUUGUACCGACGGUGUGCGGCCGGCCCAGCAUAACCAGAGAGAUUGAGCCUAUCUAAAACAGUCUCUCGCGGCGAGGAACAGAGCUACCAGUUCCCGUGAGAGCGGAAAAAAUUCAUUUUUUUCCCCACCUGCGCCGCCUGAUAUGGAACCGGCGACAGCCAACGGAUCCAGAUUCGGAUCCGACUCGGGGCUUAUCGCCGGCGACACCCGUGAUUGGUCCCGCUUGCCGGAGGACCUGCUGGUCAGCGUCCUGCGGGCGCUGCACGUCGCCGAUGCCGUCCGCUCCGGCGCCGUCUGCACCUCCUGGAACGCGGCGUACGCCGCGUUCCGACGGUUCCGCCUCCCGUCGCCGAAGCAGCCCCCCUGCCUGCUCUACGCGUCCGACGCCCUCGGCCCCGGCGCCGCCGCGCUCCACUGCCCGUCCACCGGCGCCACGCUGCGGAUCCCCUUCCCGCGGGCCCCGCUCGCCCGCCGGCCCCUGCUGGGCUCCGGCCACGGCUGGCUGGUCACCGCCGACGAGGCCUCCAACCUGCACCUUGUCAACCCCGUCACCGGCGCCCAGGUCGCGCUCCCGCCCAUCACCGCGCUCCACCACGUCGAGAGGGGCGCGGACGAGCAGGGCGACCCCGCGUACCUCGUCUACGAGAACCUGAUUAUGUACAACUACAGCAAGCACCGGUUCGAGGUGAACACCAAGCCGGGUAUCCUGGACAUGGACGACGCGUACGAGUGCAUGUACUUCCGCGUCGUGCUCUCGGCCGGCCCAUCCGCCGGCCGCGGCUGCGUCGUGCUGCUGCUGCACAUGCCGCAGGGAGAGAUCUCCUUCGCCAGGCUCGGCGACGACCGGUGGACUUGGGUCCCACAGGGAGACGACGACACGGGUCUCCCGUGGAGCUUGGACCUUAACGGGCCUUCGCCGGUGGUACGUAAGAUCCUCGACAGCGUGCCGAAAUCUGCCGACGCGAGCAAAUACCUCGUUCAGACACCGGCCGGUGACAUCUUGCAAGUUUGGAGGUCCAGGGAAGAAGUCGACUCGGAAAUACCGGCAGAGUAUCCACCGGACUACGUGGUGGACGAAAGCAUAGGGCCUCAGGACCCAUGUUUGGAGCUCAACACCAUUGAGAUGCAGCUGUACAAGGUUGACCUCCAUGGACACAGGGUGGAGCUGAUCAAGAGUCUGCCGGAGUAUGCAUUGUUUCUUGGCUACAAUGGUUCUAUGUGUCUACCGGUAAAGGAUUUCCCUGGGUUAAAGCCGAAUUGUGCCUACAUGACUGACGACUCCAUGGAGUAUAUUAAUUUCUGGAAGCAUAACCGUAGAGAAAUUGGUAUUUGGAGUUUGGCAGAGCGAAGCAUGUCGAAGCUUGUUGAUGCCUCACAGACUAUUUAUCCUUGGCUGAAUUGGCCAUCUCCUAUCUGGAUUCAACCAUCCUUUUUCUAGCUACUUAGCUAGUGUUGGAUGCUUGCAGAAACUAUUGUACUUUUGUUAUUCAGAAUAAUUGCUUCUUUUUAUCUGGACAAUUGCUAUAGUGACUUUUAUAUUCAGAAUAGUGGUGACCAAUAAUCUUAGAAGUAUUGUCUUGGUAACUUUGAUUGGUAAAUUAAUAAGUUGAUUUAGUUUGCCAUACCAAAUAGUUGUAUCAUUUUGACAUCAGGUAACAUCUAGGUAUUAGCUGUUCUGUUGCACCUUCUAUGUCGGAUGGAUCCUCAAAAGGAUUGGAUCAGUCUGCGUCGGCUCCAUCUCCCUUUUUUUAUUAUUAUUAUGGAUAACUUCUUGACAUUUGGGCAGUAAAUCUAUGUGCAGGUCCAGGUUCAUAUGAAGAUUUAUCGAUUUAGAUGUACUUAAUCAAAUCUUCCUAUGGAACAUUACUUUAAAGUCUUCAUAAGCAUAGAUUAUAAGCAUAGUUGCAGAUACAUUUACUGUAUUUGUAUGGUGCUGCAUUUGUUGUAUUCUGGUUAUUCCUCACCAGUACAUGUCUACAUUUUACUCAAAGUGCUCGCCUGCAGCAGCUUCACUGACAGCCAAUGCAGCCAACCGGAGGCACUGUAUUUGUAUGGUGCUAUGCUACGGCUCUUUGUAAUUGGUUUAUCACUCAUCCUGUCUUUCAAUCUCCGUAGAAUUGGAUGCAAAUGUUUCUGUGGUGGGUUUUGUUCUGGAGAUCUCUGCACUGCUAAAGCAUGAAGAGGAAUAUGAUUUUGUGCAUAAA